UCGGCCGGUCGCGCGAUCGUCUUCUGUUCGCGGCUGGCGGCUCGCGUGCCCGCAUGCGGAGGCGGUUGCGCGGAGGGGAAGCGUGUUCUUUUUUUUUUAAAUAUUAUUGUCGGCGGUUACGGAAGAGGAGCGAGGAACUCCGCGACCGUUGGCGCGCGGAUCCCCCCCGCCCCCCCCCCCCGUCACCCUGUCGCAUUCCGGUUCUCGCGACGGACUCCCGGCAUGUGGACGACGGCGCUCAUGCUGCUGGUGCUGACGGCGGCUGUGGCGCGCGCCCAGACGGCCGACGGCUGCCCUGGGGACGGCUUCUCGCCGGUCGCCGAUGGGCUGUGCCUGCUGGUGACGCCGCCCCUGGGCCGCGAUGAGGCGGCACGCCGCUGCUACCUGGCGGCGGACCGCCACGUGGCCACGGCGUGGCAACUGCGCACCGACAACAGCACCUUGUUCCGGCUGGUGCGCGAGGCCUUGCUCCGGGCAGGGGCGCGGCGUGUGUGGCUGGAGGCGCGGCUCGCCUACCCGGGCGGCAUGUUCCUGCACGGCUUCCCGGGCAACUCUCUGUACAACAGCCCCGUGUGGGGGCUGGACCUGCCGCCCGACCGCCCCCAGGGCGAGUGCCUGGCCUGGGACGUGGACCCCAUGAGGCACCUCGCGCGCGACUGCGCCGACGCCCUGCCCGCGGCGUGCCUGGCGCGGCUGUCGACCCCGCGGCUGGAGAUGGCGGGCUGCCCCCAGGGGUUCAGGCUGGCGGCGCGCUCCCGGGCCUGCCUGGCGCACACCGUGGUCGAGCAGGGCGGCCUGGCCUGGCGCGAGGCGGUAGACCGCUGCGCCGAGACGGCACCCGGGGCGAGCCUGGUGCAGCGCGGGUUCCCGGCGCUCCACGGCGAGUCCUUGGCGCGCUCCUUCUACAGCUGCCCGCUGGGGGCGCGCCUGCUGGGCGGCACUCCCGUGUGGACCGACGCCGAGGGUCAGCCCGACGCCAGCGAGCCGGUGGAGCAACAAUAUCUGAAGAAACUGCUGGGUGGGAGCGACGAGGCGGACGCUGACUUGGUGGGCCAGGUGUACCUGUACAACACUAUCCGCUACCUGGUGAAGCCAUUCGGCCCCCAGUGGCGGCUCGUCGAUGCCAACACCACGUUCAACUGCCUGGCCUGCGAGGCACCGCUGCCCCCUCCCAAGAAGCCGGUGAUAACCCUGCGCUUGGCGGUGGACGAGGCCAGGAUCAUAGCGCAGGUGGAGAACCCAGAGUACCUGAUAAGGACCACUUCCUGGUCAUGGUCUGGGGACAACUCAUCCGUCCGCCUCGUUCCCAAGUUGCGCUGCUUCACGGACGCUCUCACGUUCUAUCCCGUGGAGGUGUACCAUUCGAGCGUCGAACCUCACCAAGUCGUCCUCUCGCCCGUCGGUGACGGGGUCUACUGGUGCAUCGGCUACGAUGUCUUCACCACCGAACCGAUUUUCUCCGACAAGCUCCUCGUCAGAUCCUUCCAGGAGGGGCUGAAGACCUUCGCCGUCCAGCUGAGGGUCUCCGAACCCAAGACGCUUGUCUGUGAGAAGUUCCAUCUCCUGAGGGAGUUCAUUAGGAUCAAGCAACACAUCCAAGGAGUCUUCGAGGGCUCGGGGAACCUCUCCGAUCCAACACCGGGUGACAGCGCCAAGACUCUGCCCGACGGACUCGGGCCGAGGUACCGUUUCGUGUACCCGUACGUGCACGCCGGCGACACCCUCGCGGUCACGCUGUUCGACGACCGCGCCCAAGGACGCAUCAGGAGGAUCGGCUGGGACUGCACUACCAUGCUGCUGCACGUCAAGGCCCCGCGAGACAGCCACGUCGCCCCCAGCAUAGCUGUGGAUGGCUUCUACUACUCCGUCACUUCGGCCAGAAGCGUGGACUCCUGCGACGAGAACAUCACUGACUAUAAGUGGCCAGAGACGAUAGCAGGUGAAACUGCUGUUCUAAUGAUUCCAAAUGGUGCCGUGAAGAGAACCUGUGAAAUAGAUUUUGAUACUGGGGCCUUUUGGGGAAAAGAAAUUUUUGCACCUUUGCCACAGUCAGAAGAUUCUACAACUAUUAUCAGUGAACCUUCUAAUAUAGUUUCAACAUCAACAUAUAACAGUUCCUCCACAGAUAACACAAUAAUGAUGUUCAGCACUGCAUCUCCAAGCACAGCAGUUUCUAAAGGACCAACACCAGCCUCCCAGUCAAAAUUCGAAGAAGUUCGGAAGUCAGUUGAAGCUGCAGAUGACCUCCACAAGCUUUCAAAAGCGGAGCUGAACACGACAGGUCUUUACAAGGCUGUGAAUAUAAUAAACGACAUCCUGGAAGGUAACAUGGACGAUAUGAUAGAUAGAAGCAGCAGACCAACGACAAUGUUGCACGAUGUGAAGACAAUCCUGAGCAAUGUGCUACUUGAAGGAGACGAAUUCAAGGUCGUACAGCCCAAGAUAGCUGUGUUUGUCGCGGACAUCCAGAAAAAUGAAAUGGACCCCAUUAGAAGUAUGAUCCUGACUGGCAGAGACACAGACGCUGAAGGUUCUUUGAAUGGUUCAAUAGAAACUGGACUAGGUGAAGGUGCAAGUAGUGACAUUAGCCAGAGAAAAGAUAUUGAUGUAGCAGUCUUAUUACCUGAUUUCGAAAAAGAUGCCAGGAUAUCAGUGGCAAUUUACAGCGACAGCAGAGCAUUCCGCAUGCGAGACUUGGCCAGCGUGCAGAACGUUUCGGUAAACAGCCACAUCGUCAGCAUAGACAUUAACUCGGAGGAAAAUGGCACGAUCAUCGACGAGGAAAACGCAAUACACAUUUAUUUCAGACCUUUCGAGAACCACAGUGAAGGAGAAAUCAAGCAGUGCGUGUUUUGGGAAUUCAAGCAAGGCUACGAAGGACGCUGGUCUUCCGACGGUUGCAAGCUGGUCAACUCUUCGGGAGGCCUCGACGUCUGUCGGUGCCACCAUCUCACCCACUUCGCCGAGAUCAUCACGAGUGGGGGACCACCAAUCAGCAAAGGUCACCAGCUGUCGCUCGAAGUCAUCUCCAUGGUGGGCUGCUCCCUGUCUCUCGCCGGAGUGGUAGGGAUUGUGGCGACGGCGGUUAUUUUCCCGGCGUGGAGGCGUCAGCUGGGCAAUAAGCUGCUCCUCUGUCUGUCCGGCUCCGUAGCGCUCAACAUGAUCAUGUUCCUGCUGAUAGCUAUAGGGAGCGCCAAGGAAGGAGUCUGGUGCAUCGUGGCCGGUGUGGGACUGCACUACUCGUUGCUAGCGUCGUUCUGCUGGAUGCUGGUGUCUGCGUGGUUGCAAUAUCGACGCCUCGUGGAGGUUCUUGUGACCCAGCACGUGUCCCACCUCAUUCUGAAAGUGUCAGUGUUUUCCUGGGGCUUUCCUUCAGUCAUCAUCAUAAUUUUGCUAUCCAUCGAUCCAAACAUAUACACGACCACUUCGGACUCGGGGACGGAGCGUGGUUUUUGCUUCCCGACCGGCCACUUCUUCUACUGGGGCGUCCUGGCGCCGGUCGUCCUCGUCGUCGUGGUCAACAUCUUCAUAUUCUUCGCGAUCCUGAAGAGCAUCUACAACUGCUGCUCGACGGGGACGGUGGAGAAGCGCGGGUUCUCCAAGCGGCACCUCAACAACCGGCGCCUGCUGACGGGGGUGCUGCUCUUCUUCCUGCUGGGCCUGACCUGGGUGUUCGGGUUCCUGGCGCGCGUCAGCAUAGUGUUCACCUACCUGUUCUGCGUGACCGCCACGAUGCAGGGCAUGGUGCUGUUCCUGUUCUUCAUCGCCGGCGAGAAGAAGCUGCGCGAGAAGUGGUUCCCGAGGGAGAGCUCCGCGACGUACUCCUCCUCCACCAGGUCCCGGAGGCAGACCCUCGUCGCCAACAGCACCACGGGCACCUACGCCACCUCCUCGUCGACGACGGACGAGACGACGCCCUUGAAGGGCAGCAUCCCCCUCAGCCAAAUGACGAAGAUUACAGAGUGGUGACGACGAUUUUCUGUUCCUCGACAGAUCAUUGACUACUGCCCCGUAAUCGUGCUAGUAUGUUUAAAACAAAAUAUUUAUUUUUCUAGUCACAUCAUGCUUUUUUGUGGAACUUAUGGCAGCAUUAAGUUAUUAGACAAACGAUCAUAGUUUUAUAUAUUUUUUACAAUUAUUUUAUAUUAAACAUUUUUGAAAGACAACCCCUCAGUCGGAGUGUACGAGUUUGGAAUUAUUGUCACCAAUCCAUUAUUCGUUUAAAUAAUGUAUAUGUAAAAUUUGUUAUUUAUUAGUGUGCAGCUAUUUUAUUUAUGAACUGCAGUGUUUAGUUUUUAUGUUUUAUAAAUUGCAGCUAUUUAUAAGAACUGCAGCUUUUUUUAGUAGCAAGUAUACUAGUGAUAGUUAUUUUAACAAGAGUGGCAAAUGUGCAUAACUGUAUUUUAUAUGUUUUAAGUAACAUUUGACUAGACUCAAAAUAAGUCAAAUUCCUCUUCAAAAAUGUACCCUUUUCACACUGUUCUUAUAAAAUGAAACAAAUUUGAGGAGCCAAAUAUUAUUCCAAGUUUACACAGCCGAAAAUUGAUUAUUCAAGUUUAGAUAGCUAGGUACUUGUUUUUACGAAAGAGUAAAUUUAAUCAUAUUACUUUAACGUAUUUUCGUAUUCAAAUCAUGUGGAGUUCGUGCUAUUGUAAUGACCAAUAUUUAUAAAUUUUUGGGUGUAAGAUUUCUCAAGAUGGCACAAAAAUUUAUAUACCCUAAAUUUAUUUAUACAAUAACAUUCAAUAUGUAGGGACCUAGGCUUAUUUAAUUAUUUUACAGACAACAGAUUUAUAUAAAAAAUUUAAUUGUACUGUUUUGCUCAACUUCUUUGUGAUAGAUUUUUAAAAAAUAUAUAUUUUGACUUAGAAUUAUUUAGAUUUUCAUUUUCACCUACCAGAAAUGACUCGCACAUCUUUCUGUUUUGGUGCUGUAUGCCUACCUAAGUACCACCAAUCGAUGAAUAGAAGUUUGCCUUUUUGCCAGGUGUCACAACAAAAUUUAAUUUAACGACAGUGUUUCAUGGACUUUUUUUCGAUGCUAUCUAAUGGGCCUAUGAGUGUUAUAUUAGUCUUACACACAAGGACGAUUUUAGCAUUUUUUCGUCUAAACAUGUAAUUGGAUUUAUUUUUACACCUACUUUUCAAUCGUGUGAUUUAUGAACGAAAAAAAAUUAACAUAGUAAUUUUUUUUAUAUAAAAUUAUUAUUUGAUUGUAUUUUAAGGUUUAAUGGUAAAGUAAAAUCAACACAAACAUCUACAUAAAUCUUUUUAAAAUGUUUUAAAUAAAUUUAGUUUUAUUUCAGUGCGUUUGGGAAGAAAUGAGUGACAAGAAAGAUUUUGGGAGGUUCGGCACUAUCUAGUAUCGGCACAUAUUUUUGGUGAUAUUUCUCUUACGGUUUGUUAGUCCGAUGCCUGAUGUGUCAAUGUGUUUCGCAUGAGCCUUAAUCCGGUUGUUCUUAUGCUGAAUGGUUGUGGUUGCUCUGCGGAUAACUCAUUUAUUCAGCAGAGUAAUGGUAGGGAAACUCAAAAGCUGUUCGCAUCAAACCACACUUAGUAGCCUGUAGGUAUGAAUAAACCAUAAAUAUGUAGUUAAUACAGAUGAGAGGGGAAUAAAGUACUGUCAAGCAAUACAGAUUUAGAUUAAUGUUUUAUUAUUAUCAUAAUUUGUUUUUGUUUUUUUGCAAAAAAAGUGUAUUUUCCCAAAUUGUUUUACCUAAGCUUGUAGUCUUAGAGUGAAUAUAUUUUUAUUAAAAUUAACAAGGUGCGAGAAAGUAAAUCAUGACGAAAAAUGCACGUAUUUGUUUACUUCUCUAAAUUCUUUUUGUUUUAAUGUUAAAAUUCAAAAUGUCGGAAGUAACCCGUUACUUUUGCAUUCAAAGUACAGUAUGAAUGCAAACUCAAGUCGUGGUCUCUGCAAUUUUGCUUUUUAACUAUUUCAACUUAUUCAGCCUAGCAAGACUUAGGCUUUACUUGAAGCUCAAGCAGUCAAACAAACAUAAGUUAAAAUGAGAUCUCUUGGAACUAAAGGUAGUUGCAAUGAGAAUUAACGUUCUCACCCCUCUACAUUUAAUAUUGGGUUGUGUGAGUGACUGAAUUUGUUUUGUAAUUUUUUUUAUUGGUAGUUUUGUGUCUGAAAUAAUGUGAAUGAAGUUAGGUGUCACGAAAAAUUACUUACUAAAGUUAAUAAUUUACUGUUUUAAAGUGUUAUUUACAUAAUUGAUAACUUACUGUGCCAGUGUUUUAUAAAAUACUAGCUGCCCGACCCGGCUUCGCACGGCUAUACUAAUGGAAAAGAAUUAAGCCACAUCUCCCAUUUACAGUAAUGGUAAAUAAAAACAAUUCAGUGAAAAUGUAUUACAGUGCUGUAUAAUGUACCGGAGAGAAAAUGAAUAGCACCGAUGGUUUCCCGACUCGUGCACGCAACGUACAACUGAUGUACCCGUAUUUCGCUACGGCAGUCUACAGGCAGAUCACUCUUACGCCGCUCAUUAUACAUGCCCCUCCUUGUCGGUACGCCACUGCCGCGCGAUGCCCGUUGCCAUGGAUACGCAGAAGGCAUGAACAAUGCAAAAUUCUGUUCUCAUGCAGACAAAGUACCCACUGUUGCCUGGUUUUAACCACCCAUGGGAUCUAAUUUUCGGAAAAUGUCAUCCUGCGUAACAUAAGGAACAUUACUGUGAAGUUUCAAGUCUGUAAAAUAUAUAUACUUGAAAAAAAAGGGCAAUUUUUGAUAUUUAAAGUACUUGCAAAAUUUCAACGGUGAUGAGGACUGCACUAACAAUGAAAUAGCCGUUGCCAUAGAGACGAAUGAAGCAUCAACAAAGCAACAGCCGUUGCCAUGGUGAUUUCCUACCAAAAACUGGAAAUAAAAAAAAAUUUAGGGGUGGACUACCCCUAACAUUUAGGGGGAUGAAAAAUAGAUGUUGGCCGAUUCUCAUAGAUACCGGAUAAGCACAAAAAAUUUCAUCAAAAUCGGUCAAGCCGUUUCGGAGGAGUAUGGCAACGAAAACUGUGACACGAGAAUUUUAUAUAUUAGAUAAAAUGUUGGCAGCAUGUUAUGCAUCAUUAAGCCCAUAAGUUUUAUUGUUUGAACUGAGUUGCAAGUUUAUACGAAACUAAUGUGUACAUGUAUUUGUAAUAUUGUAAACUGUAAUACAUAAUGUAAAUUGUAAACACGGACUUCAUUUGACAGAGGAAUAGUGCUUUCAAAGGCGCUAUGCGUAUUACACAUACAAAAUUUAACAGGUAAACAUGGUCAAAACUGUAUUUUUCAAACUCAUACAAUAAAAAAAAAAAUCCCUAAUAGCGGAGGUAGAUUCCAAAGAACCUAUAUCUUCUGGAACCUUCUGGAAACUUCAUUCAAAUUGUAGAACAUUUUGAGAUUAGUAUACAUGACAUUUUAUAUGUUCUCCAAUAUUCCAAAAUGAUCGAUUAAACAUGUUCUCAUAUUUUAGGCAGCGAAAAUGGUGAGAAUGUUUUUAAUUCAAUGCACCCAUCAUUGAAUAACUUAGAACGAAUUUCAUACAAUGCCUACUAAAGUGUUAAGAAUUUUGUUUUACCUUCAAGCACUAUGUUUCAUCACUUAAACAAAUAAACAGUAAAAAAAAAAAUGUUUUGAACCAAGGUUUGAGGUAAUGUUUAGAAAAUUUUACAGCUUUGAAACCUAAGUUUCAACCUGUUUGAUAUUGUACUUGGUAAGGAAAUUUGGAAUAUUUUAAAUUCAAACCAUGAUUUUUUUUUUUAAAUUCUUGCCGUAAUAUUUCGUUCUCAUAAAAAAAAAGGUUUUAGCCAAAGGUUUUUGAAUUUUAACAAUAAAUUAUUUUUGAUAAAAUACCAACUGAGGAGUUAUGAUUUUUUGGGUCCUUCAACCCUUGUUAUUUACACCCAUUGCAGUAAUGUUUAGUUAAAAUUUGUUUUUGAUAAUAAGUUAUUUAGAAUGUUCAUAAUAAAUAAGAAUGAAUUCGAUAGAGUACAUGAGUAGUAUAUACAUGAUGCUCCUGCGGCUGGUACCUGGUGCCGUCCGCCAUCUUGUAAUGUGAAGUCUCGACCGACAUAUUUGAUUGCCGUGACCUUUGACCUUGACCUUCAAAAUUUGCCAAACCUUUGCCCAAAAUGACUCAACAUGUUUACUGCAUGUAACAAA